UAAUCCAUUUGUACAAACAUGCAUACAACUUGUUGAGCUCAAUGACUCUCAACUUCGUGAAAUUGCAGCCCUUUAACACACAACAACUUCUUCACCAAAACAACCACACAGAAGAACCAGAACUGUGAAGAAGCGUAUGGUCUCACACCUCCUAAGAGCGUUACCGGAGAGAGCUUCUAGGACUUCACGAACAGGGAUUCUCAUGUUCUAAGUUUGUUUCAAGAUGCCAUGGCUGCAGAUUCUAAAAUGUUCAAACUUGCACUUAAAGAAUGCAAGCAUGUGUUAGAGGGAUUAGGUUCUCUUGUUGAUGGGUGAGGUGGGGCAGGUGGUGUCACCAGGAUCAUCCAUGAAGUCUUCCCUCACUUGAAAUGCACUGUUUUUUACCAACCGUAGGUUGUGGCUAACAUGAAAGGAACCCCAAAUUUGAACUUUGUUGGUGGUGAUAGGUUCAACUCCAUCCCUUCUGCUGAUGCAGUUUUACUCAAGUGGAUUUUGCAUGAUUGGAAUGAGGAACUCUCCCUGAAGAUAUUGAAUAACUACAAAGAAGCCAUUUCUAGCAAAGGGAAAAGAGGAAAGGCGAUAAUCAUAGACAUAGCAAUUGAUGAAGCAGGUGAUGGUCGCAAAAUAACCGAGUUGAAGUUGGACUUUGAGUUGGUGAUGCUUACUAUGUUCAAUGGAAAAGAGAGAGAAAAAGAAAGAAUGAGAGAAUAUUAUAUACGACGGUGGCUUCAGUAUCUACAAGAUUACGCCUGUGUUUGACUUCAAAUCUCUUGUUAAAGUUUAUCCUUAAUUUAUUAGUUGUUUUAAUCAUAGUGUGUUACGAAUUCAAUAAGUUUAUAGUUAAGAAUCAAA